AUGGCGGACGUUCACGGCAUCACCGUUCCAAUUGUUGACAACGAUGCGGACGACAGAGCGGCUUCCACAGUUCCAACGACGCCAGAAGGGAGUUGCACUUUCAGUCCCGUCGUCAGAGCGGCAAGCCAACUAGUCAUCGAUGGCGAUGACGCAAGCGAGGACGUGUUUCCUGCGCUCGACACGAAGAUCGAGGAGGAAGGGUGCUCUGUUGGUCAGAGUCCAAUUCGCAACAUCUGCUGCGUAGGUGCCGGUUACGUGGGAGGGCCUACGGCGGCGGUCAUCGCCUUCAAAAACCCGCAUAUUCGCGUCACAAUCGUGGACAGAGAUGAGCGGCGCAUCCGCAGGUGGAACUCCAAGCACCCUCCCAUCUACGAACCUGGCCUGCGAGACAUUGUCCGAGUCGCAAGAGAUGGCGCAAAAGAAUACUCGGUCCCCAGCGAGCACGUCAAACUGGGACGACACUUUGAAACCGCGUCCUCAUCGUCAUCAGUCACAUCCGAGUGUGGAAGUCAGUGCGGCGAGGGCAGCAUCACAGUGCCGUCCAGGCAGCCGAAUCUCUUCUUCUCGACAGAGGUCUCGCGGUGUAUCUCGGAAGCGGACAUUGUCCUGGUCGCAGUCAACACGCCGACAAAGACACGAGGCCAAGGGGCGGGCAGUGCUACGGAUAUGGCGGCCUUUGAGGCCGUCACCGCCGUGGUGGCCCGGCAUGCGAGGCCGGGAGCCAUUAUUGUCGAAAAGUCUACAGUCCCAUGCCGGACCGCGGAGCUUGUGAAAGAAACACUCGCCGCCCACCGACCCGGCGUCCACUUUGAGAUCCUCUCCAACCCAGAGUUCCUCGCCGCCGGCACCGCGGUAAACGACCUCCUGCACCCAGACCGCGUCCUCAUCGGAUCGGACACGACGAGCUCGGGCACGCGCGCGGCCGCGGCGCUCGCGGGGAUAUACGCCGGCUGGGUACCUCGCUCGCGCAUCCUGACGACAAACGUGUGGUCGUCCGAACUCGCCAAGCUGGUGGCCAACGCCAUGCUCGCGCAGCGCAUCAGCAGCAUCAACUCCAUCAGCGCAAUCUGCGAGCGGACGGGCGCGGACGUGGACGAGGUCGCUGCCUCUGUGGGCCGGGACCCACGCAUCGGGGACAGGUUCCUCAAGGCGGGCAUCGGUUUCGGGGGCAGCUGCUUCAAAAAGGACAUCUUGAGUCUCGUGUACCUCGCCGAGUCGCUUGAUCUGGACGAGGUGGGGGAGUACUGGAGGCAGGUGGUCAAGAUGAAUGAGUACGCGCGCGACCGGUUCACGAGGCGCGUGGUCAAGUGUCUCAACAACACCCUGGCCGGGAAGAAGAUCACCGUCCUCGGGUACGCGUUCAAAAAGGACACGUCGGACACGAGGGAGUCGCCGGCGCUGGAGAUUAUCCGGACGCUGCUGGAGGAAGGGCCGCGGGAGAUUGCCGUGUUUGACCCGUGUUGCAACCCGCUCGUGAUCCAAGCGGAGAUCCGCCAGCUCUGCGGCGGCGGUUCGCAGGCGACGCUCAAGGAAGACGGCGGGCCCUUGGCGGUGUACGGAAACGCCUACGACGCCUGUCGCGACAGCAACGCGGUCCUCAUCACAACCGAGUUUGACGAGUUUCGCAACACCGCCAAGGACAGCGCCAGGGACAAGCCAGGUUUCUCGUCUGCUGUUCCCCACGGAUGCACGACGUCGCGGGCGGCGGUGGCGGCGGCGGCGGGUCUCGAGCUUCGGCUGCCGGAUGUGCUAGUUGCGCUGCAAACAAGGCAUCUUCAGGCGAAAAACGGCCGGGCGGGAGGAGGAGACGAGGAAGGGUGUGCGACUUUGGACGACCCGCUUGGGCGUUACAUUACAGAGCCCGCGUGCGCGGGGGACUGCCCGGAUUGUCGGGCGGAGGAGGUGGACGGCGAGGUCUCGGGGUUUGCCACCACCGGGCUGGAGGCGGACAAUGUGAGUAAAUCCAAGGAGAGGGUCGACUGGGAGAGGGUGGCGCGCGAUAUGCAGGUUCCGAGGUGGGUGUUUGACGGGAGGGGGGUGAUAGAUGUUCAUGAGAUGGUCAAGCUUGGGGUUCGCGUCGAGAGUGUUGGGAAACGGGGGCGGAGUUGA